UUCACGUGCUCAAUUCAGUUAAUCACUUCACACAAAUAGUUCAUUCGCACAAAUGGAAUAAAAGGCGAUUUCGAAGAUUUUCCUGAAAAUCGGGAAUAGGCCUCCACAAUUGUACAUGGUGAAUAUGGAACUAUGGAUCCUUGGAUAUUUUUUGGUGUCUUAAUUGCCAUAUAUGGUGUUCUGCUAUUCUUCGAUCGAUUUUUUAAGAGCUGCAUGCAUUACCCCUAUGAGGCAUUUCUUACAAAUACUGGACUAACAGUUGGCUUGUUCCAUCUAAAAUGGCAUACGACGGCAUUUAAUCGUUGGGUACUGCGUUUGGGCAACAACAGCGGAAACUGUUGCCGACAAUUGAUAAAUAAGUCAUUUACAGUUGGUGUGCUGGUCGCAUUAUCAUUGGUGCCCGUUGGCAUAAUACUAUUGUUUAUAACAAUAUUUGGUGGUGGUGGUGGUUCCGGAAAAGAAACGGACGUCAAUAACUUUGCUACGGGUGGAGCAGCAAAUGUGGUGAAAAGUCAAGGCAUAAAUGUGGAAAUCUUAUUGCCCGGUGUAAAUUUGCCACUGGAAGAAAUUGGUUACUAUGUAGCCACACUGUUGAUAUCGACGGUAAUACAUGAAUUGGGUCAUGCCCUGGCUGCCGUGAUGGAAGAUAUACCGGUAACUGGUUUUGGCUUUCAUCUAUAUUUCUGUUUGCCGGUGGCCUAUACUGAAAUAUCUACAGAUCAUCUAAAUGCUUUGAAAUGGCUGAAGAAACUACGCAUCCUCUGUGCUGGAAUAUGGCAUAAUUUUGUUUUUGCAGGCCUUUGCUAUCUGCUGCUUUCAACCAUGAGUUUUAUGGCUUCGCCUUUGUACUCGCUCAAUAAGAAUGUCAUAGUCACCCAGGUCACAGCCCAAUCUCCGUUAAGGGCAAAAGGAGAUCGCGGCCUAGUGGAGGGUAAUGUUAUCACACACAUCAACGAUUGCCCGGUCUCCAAUGAAGAUACUUGGUAUAAUUGUCUGGUGAAUUCUUUGCAUUUCCCCGGCUUUUGUGUCUCAUCGGAUUUUAUACGUUUGAAUGAUGAGAGCAUUGAAAUAGCCCACCACAGCUCAGAUGGAACAUUGCAGUGUUGCGGAAACAAUGCGAAACUCUGUUGCUUCGAAUACAUCGAUGAUUUUAAUAAUGAUGCUCCUGUGGAAAUUCCUCAACACGUUUGCCUUGAUGUCAGGCGCACCAUGGAAGAUUCCUAUGGUUAUUGUACAGCAUCGGGUACAUGCGAGCGAGGUUUUUGUUUGCGUCCGUUGCUAAAGAACACCACAACGAUAAUGAUAUUCAAACGGCAAUCACUAAAAGCUCAGGAUGCACCGCUGAAGAAUGUCAUCUAUAUGGGCCACCCCUUGGAUGUGACACGCAGCAUACGCAUUUCACAAUAUGUACCCAAACAUGAGUACAUCAAUCCCAAAUGGUGUGAUAAUUUCAUAUUGUUCCUCAAAUACAAUAUUGUAUUUAGUUUGGGCUUGGCCCUGAUCAAUGCCAUACCCUGUUUUGGCUUUGACGGUAAUGCCAUUGUCAACACCAUUGUCAAUAGUUUUCUAGUCAAUCGUAUUACCGAAAAAGCCAAACGGGAUGUUGUAUCGCUCAUAGCCACGGGCAUUGGUUCGUUGCUGUUUCUGUUAGCCGUAACCAAGGUGCUGUGGAUAAGUUUAUUGAGAUAUUUAUUUUAGGGGAAAUGGCGAGAAUUCUACGCAAACAACAGACUUCAUAUUGAAUAGCAAUAAUUGGUAGACAAAGAAAUACACUUAAGCUUUAGUAGUUUAAAUUAUUAAAAAAAAGAAAUGCUGAAACAAAUCAAAACAAAAA